GGUUCAUCUCUCUAUUCUGUUUUAUUUUAGGGCUAUGUUGUUGAAAUCACUACACCACCAAAUAUUCCAUUACCAUCGAUGAAUCUAGUCGAUGAUGUGAAUAAAUUAUAUAUUUCAGCAUUAAAACCAACUGCUAAACAAGGUCUAGUUCGAGUUAGUGGUCUAGCUGAAUUUGCCGGAUGGAAGGAUAUUGGAAUUCUUAGUGAACCAGAUCGAGCUCAGUAUUUAUAUGAACAAACAAUUCAUUGGUUACCACAUUUAGGAUCCUAUGAAAAAGCUUUUCAUAGUUGUUCUCGUCCAGUAUCUGCUGAUGACGUGCCAUUAAUUGGACGAUGUGAUAAUUUUGAUAAUCUUUUUGUUAAUUGUGGUCAUGGUAGUAAAGGAUGGACAUUAGCAUUUGGAUCAGCAGCUUUGUUGGCUAAUGUUAUUAAUCAAAAGGAAUAUGUUAAAGAAUCAGAAGACAUUAAUCCAGAACCAUAUUCCCCAAAUAGAUUUUAA